AUUAUACACUACACAUUGCACAAUUUCAUUGAUUUACAUUAUGCACAAAAACACACAACAUCACCAUUAUCAUCAUUAUCAUUAUUAGAUUCAUUUAUAUGAUUAUAAUUGUGAUUGUGCUUAGUGAAUUCAUUAUUUGAGAUAGUUUUAUUUAAAUUGGAUCCUACUUAUUUUUUCAUUCUUUUAGCAAACAAAUUAAUAUAGGAAUUAUCUAAUGUUUCCUUUUGUUGUCAUUAUUUUUGCUCUAUUCGAAGGGAUAAAUGGAGGUGGUAAAGCACCAAUGCUCAUUAGUAUACCUAGAGAUCUUUUACCAAAAGAUACUGUAACAGAGGUGGAACCAACUUGGGAAAUUAUAACAACCACAAUAGAACCUACGAUUGAAGAAAGUGAUGAAUCAUCGACAAUAUAUGAAAUUCUACUAAAUUUACUUCACAAAUUAUGGGCACUGGUGAAAUAUUUACUUGACUUUAUGUAAAGAAGAUGAAACCAUGAAAUGAAAUACUUCGAGACUGCUUAUUAUUAACGUAGUAUCUUUAUAAUGAUGUAAAGAAUGUCAAACAAACACUACUUAAUUCUGAUUCAAAUUGAUUUUAACUUGAUAAACUUGUGCUUAUUGUAAUUAGUUGAAUAGAUUUCUUAAUACUUAUUA